UACAAAUGAUGUUUAAUUGAUAUAUUUUGUUUAUAAUAUUUAUGUUGAAACAUGCAAUAUCAAUUUAGUCAAAAUCAGAAUAUCGAUUUCGAUUAAACCGUAUUCUUAAAUCUUGCUACUACACUACUAGGUCACUAUCGACAACAAAUCAAUAUGCCUGCAAAAUCAAAGAAAAACUUCGGCAUCAAGCGACAGGAAAUGGCACAUAAAGCAGAUCAUUUGUGCAAAAUGAAAAAUUGCCAUUUUAGCAAACAAGAAGUAGAGAGGCUUCUACAGCUGUUUAAAGAAUUUACAAAAGCAGUGAAUACAGAAAUAAAACGUGGCAAAGGUGGCAUUGAUAGAUCCAAGUUCAGAGAUAUUCUCCACCAACAUUUUGACAUGACAGAUGAUGUGCUCAUGGAUAAAGUGUUCCGUGCCUUUGACUUGGACAAUGAUGGCUAUGUAAGUGAGGAGGAGUGGGUGCUGGGCAUGUCUGUCUUUCUGAAGGGAACCAUCGAGGAACAAGCAAGAUUUUGUUUUGGGGUGUACUCUAUGCGUGGUGAGGAUGGCUAUAUAUCCAGGGAGGAGAUGUACCUGCUGCUGAAAAACUGCCUUGUUCAACACCAACAAGAAGAAGAUGCUGAAGAAAUGCAGAAGGAUUUAGUGGAGUUGGCACUCAAGAAAAUGGAUGUGGAUCACGAUGGCCGUGUCUCUGUGGAGGACUACACGAAGGCAGUGGCCCAGGACAAGCUGCUUAUGGAGGCAUUGGGACCAUGCUUGCCAAACAGCAAGUGUCGAGAUGGCUUCUUAGAACUGGUGGCUGAUGAAAAACACAAACAGAGAUUCUAACUAUCCGCUUUCCGCCACAGUAUCCAAACAACUUCAGAACCAAACACUUGUGGACAAGAAUGAAGUUGAAAAAAUGUUAAGCUAGUGUCCUAUCAGCUUGAUUGAUUGUAUAUAUGUGUCAUAAAAAAAUGUGUCUUGUUAAGAAAAAUAAUAAAAUCAUGUGUUUUUUUUAAGUAUGAUGUUUGUUUAGAAAAUUUAUUGAAUACCUGAGUGAAAAGAAUCAAUUGACAAAUUGGAAUGCUUUAAAUUUUAUAACCAAUACUUUUUUACAUAACAAUUUGUACAUUGCGAUUCGAUUAAUUCGUGUAAGUUUGAUUGCAGAGCGUGUUUUAACAGCUAUUUUAAUAUAAUAUUUUUUUUAAUGUGCUUAGAUUUUCCGAGGCUUGUUAAUGAAUAUUUAUUAAAUAGUUUCAUGACUACUGAAAUUUGAAUAUUUUGAAUAGUUUUUAUUGGCCAAUUUUUACUUUGACCCUUUUUGGCUGAAUUAUUGUUUAUCCAUUAAAGAAUUUACGGUUAUUUUUUCUGUGUCCAAACAUGUGUUGAAGGGGCAUCAGGGUCAGUGAAACAUUCCUAUAUUUUUGACAUUUUAAUGAAGAAUGUUGAAAUAAAGUAAUAAAUUUUUAACUUUUAAAUUAUUUUAUCAUUUCUAUUUAUUUUAAGAAAUAUAAGCAUUAUGUAAAUGGAAUUAAAAUUGUGCCAUUGAAUAAACUCAUAAAACAGUGUGUAAAACAUCAUUCUUAGAUAUGAACUCUCUUCAUCAUUUAUUCUGGGAAUCAAUAUGUGUCUUGUUCUGUGAAAAUUGGGCAAAAUGCAUGUGCGAAAAGUGUCGUCCCAGAUUAGCCUGUGCAGUCAGCACAGGCUAAUCAGAUCGACACUUUACGCCUAAACUAGAUUUUUGAUGAGAAGAGACUUUCUUUAAACUGAAAAUAUCAUAAGUGUUGUCCCUGAUUAGCCCUGUGCGGACUGCACAGCCUAAUCUGGGACGACACUUUACGCACCUGCUUUAAACCCCAUUUUCACAGAGCGAGGCUCAUAUAUUCACAUGGCAGAAUUAGAUUGCAUGGUGCAUACUUUGUAGUUAGCUGUCUAGCAAGUCAAUUAUACAUUGUUUAUAUUUUAUCUAUUUAUUAUGACCAUUUAAAUUAGCUAUCUAGCAAGUCAAUUAUAGAUUGAUCCUGUAUUUAUUUAAUAUGACCAUUUUGAAUUAGCUAUCUAGCAAGUCAAUUAUAGAUUGAUCCUGUAUUUAUUUAAUAUGACCAUUUUAAAUUAGCUAUCAAGCAAGUCAAUUAUAGAUUGAUCCUGUUUUUAUUUAAUAUGACCAUUUAUGUUAUCUAUACUGCUUUUCAAGAUAGGUUGUUGAAAUUUAAACUCCAAAGGGUUCUAUACUUCUCAUGUGUUUUUAUUGAAUUGAGAAUCUCAAUGGUUUAAAGUUUGUGUUUUUGUUUUCAUUUUAGAUAUUAUUUUCUUUAAUUAUGUGUAAGUAUUUCUUGAAUUGUCAGUUUUUGCCUUUAAGCAGGUAUGAUUCAUGAGUUUUUUUGUUUUUGUUUUGUAAAUCAAAUUUUAUUCACUAAUGAUAAGCAACACAUAAGCUUUUUGCAUAAAUAUGAGUCGUGUUCCAAGAAAACUGGGCAUUAUGCAUGUGCGUAAAGUGUCGUCCCAGAUUAGCCUGUGCAAUCUGCACAGGCUUAUCAUGGACAACAUUUUCCACUUUUAAGAUAUUUUUCUUUUGAAUGAAGUCUCUUCUUAGCAAAAAUCCAAUUUAGGCAGAAAGUGUCGUCCCUGAUUAGCCUGUGCAAACUGCACAGGCUAAUCUGGGACGACACUUAACGCACAUGCAUUAUGCCCAGUUUUCUUAGAACACGACACAUAUAUACAUAAUUUAUUUUACUUCCUUUCUUUUCUUAAAAACAAUACUACAAAUAGUAGACAAAUAUACAGCUUGUGUUGCAUGAUUGAAACAAAAGCUGCGAUUCAAAGAAAAUCAACAAUGCUUAAAAUAUACUUUGGAAAGUUUAGGUAUUGAGCUUUUUUUUAAAGAGACCCUCACCCCUCACUAUGUCAUGUUUUUUUUAUACUUUGUAUAUGUUUAUGUAAUAACCAUGAAUGUAUUUGUUUAAGAUUUAAUGUAUACUACCUAUUCAACUUCCUAUGUUAAAACGUGUUCACACAUGUUUUUUUGCAAAUACUCAUUACCAAACAACUAUUGAGACCUUUUGUGAAGAAAGUAUAAGUAUAAGAUGGUAGCUCUUUUACACUACUGAUAUUAUGUGAGCUAUACAGUUAUUGGUAGAGUUUUUAGAUAGUCCUUUUGAUUUUUUAAAAAUAUAACUUCAGCUAAUACAAAACUUAUAUUUAUAUAUUUACAUAUGAUAUACAUUGUUACAAAUUGCUUAAAUUUGAUUUCUUUAAUGCAUUUUUAUAUUUAAAAUGAAAUAACCAUUUUUAUAAAGAACUUACAUUUGAUAAGCACACUAACAAUGUUUGAAGAGCUAACAUAGAUUUCCCCUUUGCGUGCCUGUCUGUGUAUCGGUUAGUCCAUCUGUGUUGCAAACUAAAUCUUGCGAUAACACUGAAAGUGCUCAAGAUAAUGUGAUGAAACUUGGUUUACUUAUCAAUGGCAACAUUAGAAUAAUGCACAACUGUUGAUGUUUAACCACAUUUCAAAGAUCUGUUACUAAAAAUAUAACAAUCAGCCUAGUAAUUUUACCCUUUAUUACUUUUAAUACGUAUUUUGACGCAUUUGUAGUCCCUCAGAAAGUUACAUUUAAUUAAAUACCUUUCUUACUAGAAAUAUAAUAGAACAAUAGUUACAUAUAAUAAUUGUACUCAUGACAUUCAUAUGGACAUUGACCUCUCGGAUUUGUUUGUUGGUCAGUCACCCACUCUGGUCGUCAGGCUGUCAGUAAGUUAACCCUUUGCAUGCUGGAAAAUUUUUCGUCUGCUAAAAUGGUGUCUGCUGAAUUUCUAAAGUUAGCAUUUUCUUCGAUUUUUUUUCAAAGAAUACUAUCAGAAUAGCAAACAGUUUGGAUCCUGAUGAGACGCCACGUUUUGUGGCGUCUCAUCUGGAUCCAAGUUGUUGGCAAAGGCCUUCAAAAUUAUGUUCCAGCACUGAAAGAGUUAAUUAAAAUACAUUGAAAAGAGCACAAUAAAUACUGCAUUUGCGGGCAAAGGUACAGAAGCUAUUAUCAUAAAACAUGGAAAGCAAUAAAGCAAUGUAAAGUGUAUGCACAAUAUUUUUCAACACAGAUAAAAAAGAUGUUAACGCAAUCAAUAUAUACUUAGAUUAGAAUGAUUAGAGACAUAUACUUGUUUUAUGGAAAACGGAAAUGAAAUGUUACCGGUACUUGUUUGCAGCCUUGGAAAUAUUUUAUUAAAGGAGGAUCAAGUUUAUACAAUUUACAUAUCAACAUGUUAUUUUAUAUAAUACAUAUCUUUUGAUUCUGCCCUGCCUGCUGUGAUUGUGAAAAGGGGGUGUAAUGCAUAUGAUUUAAGUGUUGUCCCAGAUCAGCCUGUGCUGUUUGCACAGGCUAAUCAGGGACAACACUUUUCGCUUUUAUGGUAUUUUUCGUUUACAGAAAGUUGCUUCUUAGUAAAAAUCCACUUUAGGCGGAAAGUGUUGUCCCUGACUAAUCUGGAACGACACUGUACGCACAUGCAUUUAACCCCAUUUUCACAGAGCAGGGCCCAUAUCUAUUGAUUCCGCCCUGCCUGCUGUGAUACUUGUUUUGUAUUUUACAUGCUAACUAAUAAAUAAAGUUAAACUUAAAUAAGGCGUUCUGUCAGCUUAUGCAAUUACUUAAAGAUUAUAUAGAAAAUAUUUGUUUGCUUUUUGGGUAAAACAGCAAGAAAGUUGUAUGGAUAGGAUUGAUCUUAAAAUUAACUAAUAAAAAAAAAUUAAAAGAGGAUUUUUAAAAAUGGAUCGUUAAAAUAUGUUUUCUCUUUACUGAGAUUUUUGUAUCCAUUACUCCGAGAGCAAACAAAUAUCCUCUGUACAUUCUCCUCGUUCCUAAAUGUCAUGUUGACUAAAGUGGUAAGUGUUUAAGUCGACAUUAUGUUGAUCAUGUCAUUUGGUGUGAGUAUUGCAGAUUAUCAUGCUUUCUGAAGGCAGAAUGUUAAAUGAAAUCUAUUUUCUGGUA